UCUCAGUUGAUAAUUGAACACAAUAAUUAAUGAUAAGACAACAUCUACAACAGAUCUCUUUGUUACCUCACUCAGUUUUGAUAGUGGUGCAUUUAAAUUUUUGUAUUAGUUGAUCUCUCAUACUAUCUAGUAUAGGCAUAAUAAGAAUUGCAUUUCGACGAGAAUCUCAUGUGAAAAGUAAUUAGAAGAUAAACUGACGAUGGCUCCGUUUUUGGAAAUAUUCGGAUACAGUGUACUAUUCGUUAUUACAUCCGCUGUCAUGGUAUACGGAUAUUUCAUGUAUUCGUACCAGUACUGGAAGAAGAAGAAGAUGCCAUAUUUGGAGCCGACCUUCCCGAAUGGCAACAAUCUGCAGCUGUUUACAAAAACAUUCGGCGUCCCUUUGUACGCAAUGGAUUUUUAUAGGCAAAUAAAAGACAGAGGGUGGAAAUUUGCUGGGAUUUAUACCGUAGCUCGGCCAGUUCUCGUUAUAGUUGAUCCCGAAUAUAUGAAGGAUAUUCUAGUAAAGGAUUUCGAUCAUUUCAUCGAUAGGGGUUUCUACUACAAUGAGAAAAAAGAUGUGUUGUCGGCUCACCUGUUCGCUUUGGACAUGGCGAAGUGGAGAGACAUGCGUGUCAAAUUGACACCUACAUUCACUUCCGGGAAAAUCAAAAUGAUGUUUCCCAUGAUGCUGGAAGUCAGCAACUAUAUGACGGAAGCCAUCGAUAAGUGCAUAGACGAACGUCGAGAUAUCGACAUCAGAGAAUUUUUAGCACGGUUCACCACCGAUGUUAUUGGCGCCUGUGCAUUUGGAAUCGAUUGCAAUAGCUUCAAGAAUCCUGAUGCAGAAUUCAGAGAAAUGGGACAAAAAAUUUUCGAAGUAAGGAAUGUAUAUCAUUUGUUCAAAUUGAUGCUGAUUGCUAAUGCGCCUGAACUGGCUCUAAAACUGGAUGUGGGGAUAAGCCGAGGAGAUAUAGAAGGUUUCUUCCGAAAAAUACUAGGCCAAACUAUGAAGUAUCGAGAGGAAAACAACGUCAACAGACCGGACUUCUUACAACUUCUUAUAAACUUGAUGAACAGUACCAAAGACACAGAAACACCGUUCACUUUUGAGCAAUUGCUGAGCGAAGUAUUUCUAUUUUUCCUGGCUGGAUUUGAUACCUCGUCUUCGGCAAUGAGUUUUGCUCUAUACGAAAUGGCACGGCAACCAGAAAUUCAAGAAAAAUUGAGAGACGAAAUCAAUUCCAUCCUAGAGGAGGGCGAUGGAAAUGUCACCUAUGAAAAUAUCAACAAAAUGACAUACUUGCAACAGGUUAUUGAUGAAACUCUGAGGAUCUAUCCGUCUGUACCUAAUCUUCAAAGGAAAUGUGUAAAACAAUACAAAAUGAGAGACACCGACUUCGUAAUAGAGAAGGGAACGCAGGUUCUACUUCCGAUAAUUAGUUUACACAGGGACCCGCAAUAUUAUCCAGACCCAUUGAAAUUCGAUCCAGACAGAUUCAGUAUCGAAAACAAAAAGAAUAGGAAUUCCAUUUUGCAUAUUCCAUUUGGAGAAGGACCUAGAAACUGCAUUGGACUACGCUUUGGGGUGUUACAGACGAAGAUAGGCAUCGUUCAAAUAUUGAGAAAGUACAGAUUGAGCAUAAGUCCAAGCACCAAAAUGCCGUUGACUUUGGAUCCUGGAGUGUUCCUUAUAAGAUCAGUGGAAACUUUAUAUCUCCUAGCUGAGAAGAUAGCGUACUAAAAACCGCUUCAGCUAUCCAUAUGGCUUCCAGAUGGAUAGAAUAAUUAUAUUCUAUAUACUUCAAUUAUUUUACUCAUACAUUUAUACUUUUAACUUUUUACUUUUAAAUACUUCUCAGUAUCAUUAUGAUAGUUGUUGGUUUCAUAUAUUAUAUCAAU